AAGAAGGAAGUGGCUAUGAAUGAUCACAAGCUGACCUUGGAAGAACUGAGCGCCAAGUAUUCUGUGGACCUGACCCAGGGUCACAGCAUCCAAGAGGCAGAAAAAAUUCUGAUUCGAGAUGGACCUAAUUCACUGACCCCUCCUGCCACCACUCCAGAGUGGAUUAAGUUUUGUAAACAAAUGUUCGGUGGCUUCUCCCUCCUGCUGUGGAUGGGGGCCAUCCUCUGCUUUCUGGCCUUUGGCAUCCAGACACAUUAUGAAGAGAAACCCACCAAAGAUAACCUGUACCUGGGCAUGGUGCUGUCCAUCGUGGUCCUCAUCACUGGCUGCUUCUCCUAUUAUCAGGAAGCCAAGAGCUCCAUGAUCAUGGAAUCUUUUAAGAACAUGGUGCCUCAGCAAGCUCUGGUCAUUCGAGGCGGAGAGAAGAUGCAAAUCAACGUGGCUGACGUGGUGCUGGGAGACCUGGUAGAAGUGAAGGGUGGAGACCAGAUCCCUGCUGACCUUCGGAUCAUCUCUGCACAAGGAUGUAAGGUGGACAACUCAUCCUUGACUGGGGAGUCAGAGCCCCAGUCUCGCUGCCCCGACUUAACCCACGAGAACCCUUUGGAGACCCGAAACAUAGUCUUCUUCUCCACCAAUUGUGUAGAAGGCACAGCCCAAGGUAUUGUGAUUGCCACAGGGGACUCCACGGUGAUGGGCAGAAUCGCCUCUCUGACGUCAGGCCUGAAGAUGACCCAGACCCCCAUUGCUGCCGAGAUCGAGCACUUCAUCCACCUCAUCACGUCCGUGGCCGUCUUUCUCGGUGUCACUUUUUUUGUACUCUCACUUAUCUUGGGCUAUGGCUGGCUGGAGGCUGUUAUUUUUCUUAUUGGAAUCAUUGUGGCCAAUGUACCUGAAGGUCUUCUGGCCACUGUCACUGUGUGCCUGACCCUGACAGCCAAGCGCAUGGCGCGCAAGAACUGCCUGGUUAAGAACCUGGAGGCGGUGGAGACGCUGGGCUCCACGUCCACCAUCUGCUCUGACAAGACGGGCACCCUCACCCAGAACCGCAUGACCGUGGCCCACAUGUGGUUUGAUAAGACUGUGUAUGAGGCUGACGUCUCUGAAGAACAGACUGGGAAAACAUUUCCCAAGACCUCUGCUACUUGGUUUCACCUCGCUCAAAUCGCUGGCCUCUGCAAUCGAGCUGACUUUAAGCCUCACCAGGAGAACGUAGACAUACCUCAGCGGGCAACCACGGGGGACGCUUCUGAAUCAGCCCUUCUCAAAUUCGUCGAGCUGUCCUACCAUUCGGUGAAGGAAAUGAGAGAGAAGAGACCCAAGGUGGCAGAGAUCCCUUUUAAUUCUACCAACAAGUACCAGAUGUCCAUCCACCCUCGGGAUGAUGACCCCCAGACCUACGUGCUGCUGAUGAAGGGUGCUCCCGAGAGGAUCUUAGAGUUCUGCUCGACUUUCCUCCUGCAUGGACGGGAGUACCCAAUGGAUGAUGAAAUGAAGAAGGACUUCCAAAAUGCCUACUUAGAUCUGGGAGGUCUGGGAGAGCGCGUGCUGGGGUUCUGCUUCUUGAAUUUGCCUAGGACCUUCUCUAAGGGAUUCCAGUUUAACACCGAAGAAAUUAAUUUCCCCAUGGAAAACCUGUGUUUUGUGGGCCUUAUAUCCAUGAUCGACCCUCCUCGCACUGCCGUGCCUGAUGCUGUGAGGAAGUGUCGCAGUGCAGGGAUUAAGGUAAUCAUGGUAACAGGGGAUCAUCCCAUUACAGCCAAGGCCAUUGCCAAGAGUGUGGGCAUCAUCUCAGAAGACAGUAAGACAGUAGAGGACGUUGCUGCUGGGCUUAAGGUCCAUGUCAAUGAAACUGAUACCAAGUCUGCUAAAGCCAUUGUGGUGCAUGGCUCAGAACUAAAGGGGAUGAAUUCAGACCAGCUGGACCACAUCCUCAAAAACCACACGGAGAUCGUGUUCGCCCGGACCUCCCCUCAGCAGAAGCUCAUCAUAGUGGAGGGGUGCCAGAGGCAGGGAGCCAUCGUGGCAGUGACAGGUGAUGGGGUGAACGACUCCCCCGCCCUGAAGAAGGCUGACAUCGGCAUUGCCAUGGGCAUCUCUGGCUCUGAUGUCUCUAAGCAGGCAGCGGACAUGAUCCUGCUGGAUGACAACUUUGCCUCCAUCGUGACGGGCGUGGAGGAGGGUCGCCUCAUCUUUGACAACCUGAAGAAAUCCAUCGCGUACACCCUGACCAGCAACAUUCCUGAGAUCACUCCCUUCCUGUUGUUCAUCAUCUUAAGCAUCCCCCUACCUCUGGGCACCAUAACCAUCCUCUGCAUUGACCUGGGCACUGACAUGGUCCCAGCUAUCUCCUUGGCUUAUGAGUCAGCUGAAACGGACAUCAUGAAGAGGCUUCCACGGAAUCCAAAGACUGACAAUCUGGUGAACCACCGACUCAUUGGCAUGGCCUACGGGCAAAUUGGUAUGAUCCAGGCUCUAGCUGGCUUUUUCACCUAUUUUGUGAUCAUGGCAGAGAAUGGCUUUAAGCCUUUUGAUCUCCUGGGUGUCCGCCUACACUGGGAGGACAACUUUCUAAAUGACCUGGAGGACAGCUAUGGGCAGGAGUGGACCUAUGAGCAGCGCAAGGUGGUGGAGUUCACGUGUCAGACGGCCUUCUUUACCAGCAUCGUGGUAGUGCAGUGGGCUGACCUCAUCAUCUGCAAGACCCGCCGCAACUCAGUCUUCCAGCAGGGCAUGAAAAACAAGAUCUUACUCUUUGGACUCCUGGAGGAGACAUUCCUGGCGGCUUUCCUGUCCUACACUCCAGGCAUGGAUGUGGCCUUGCGAAUGUACCCACUUAAGAUAACCUGGUGGUUCUGUGCCAUUCCCUACAGUGUUCUUAUCUUCAUGUAUGAUGAAAUCAGAAAAUUCAUCAUUCGUAAACAGCCUGGUGGAUGGCUGGAGAGGGAGACGUACUACUAAGUCCAAUAGAGGAAGAACUUCA